AUGGCUCCUAAAAACUCCAAGACCGCUGCGGCACACGACGACUCCAAAGCCGAGGGCCCAACGACGAAAGAAAAGCACUCGUCCGGCCCCGGAAGUCAUACAAAUGGCAAGAUGCGGCGUGUAGCCAGCUCGACCGGCUCCAACCUGCGCGAGGUCACAAACGCCAGCGCGGCUGCCGAGGCGGUGCCCACGAAGCAGGAGGCACAGAACCCAGGGCUGCAAUGGAACACCUUCGACCGAGAGACAUUACACGCUUACCGUCGCGAGCACCACCUCAACACCCCAACCUCCUUCUCCUGCUCGUACCGCCAACUGGUGCUGUCACGACCCGGAGGCAUCGGGCUGCAGUCCCCCACGAUGGCCCGGAAGAAGGAGAACCGGAGGCAGAGCAAGGAGCAGCUCGCCAUGACUGUGCGGAAACACUUCAACGGUCUCGGGGUCCAGGAGAACGACGUGAUCGUGGACUUUAUCCACAAGGUCAGGAGCCACUCCAUCACUAAAGCCGAUCGGAGCAGGCGAGCAAAUCCCCACGACGCUUGA